AUGGGUCUGGCUCAACUAAAUCCUCAGGCUUUGGACAACAUGGGUCUAGCUCAGGCCAGUCCUCAGGCUUUGGAAAACACGGAUCUGGCUCAGGUCAGUCUUCAGGAAUUGGGCAACAUGGGUCUAGCUCAGGUCAGUCCUCUGGCCAUGGCCAACAUGGAUCUGGCUCAGGUCAGUCAUCUAGCUCUGGACAACAUGGGUCUGGCUCAAGUAAAUCCUCAGGCUUUGGACAACAUGGGUCUAGCUCAGGCCAGUCCUCAGGCUUUGGAAAACACGGGUCUGGCUCAGGUCAGUCUUCAGGAAUUGGACAACAUGGGUCUAGCUCAGGUCAGUCCUCUGGCCAUGGCCAACAUGGAUCUGGCUCAGGUCAGUCAUCUAGCUCUGGACAACAUGGGUCUGGCUCAAGUAAAUCCUCAGGCUUUGGACAACAUGGGUCUAGCUCAGGCCAGUCCUCAGGCUUUGGAAAACACGGGUCUGGCUCAGGUCAGUCCUCAGGAAUUGGACAACAUGGGUCUAGCUCAGGUCAGUCCUCUGGCCAUGGCCAACAUGGAUCUGGCUCAGGUCAGUCAUCUAGCUCUGGACAACAUGGGUCUGGCUCAAGUAAAUCCUCAGGCUUUGGACAACAUGGGUCUAGCUCAGGCCAGUCCUCAGGCUUUGGAAAACAUGGGUCUGGCUCAGGUCAGUCUUCAGGAAUUGGACAACAUGGGUCUAGCUCAGGUCAGUCCUCUGGCCAUGGCCAACAUGGAUCUGGCUCAGGUCAGUCAUCUAGCUCUGGACAACAUGGGUCUGGCUCAAGUAAAUCCUCAGGCUUUGGACAACAUGGGUCUAGCUCAGGCCAGUCCUCAGGCUUUGGAAAACACGGAUCUGGCUCAGGUCAGUCUUCAGGAAUUGGGCAACAUGGGUCUAGCUCAGGUCAGUCCUCUGGCCAUGGCCAACAUGGAUCUGGCUCAGGUCAGUCAUCUAGCUCUGGACAACAUGGGUCUGGCUCAAGUAAAUCCUCAGGUUUUGGACAACAUGGGUCUAGCUCAGGCCAGUCCUCAGGCUUUGGAAAACACGGAUCUGGCUCAGGUCAGUCCUCAGGAAUUGGGCAACAUGGGUCUAGCUCAGGUCAGUCGUCAGGCUUUGGACAACACGGAUCCAGCUCAGGUCAGUCCUCUGGCCGUGGCCAACAUGGAUCUGGCUCAGGUCAGUCAUCUAGCUCUGGACAACAUGGGUCUGGCUCAGGUCAGUCCUCAGGCUUUGGAAAACAUGGGUCUGGCUCAGGUCAGUCUUCAGGGAUUGGACAACAUGGGUCUAGCUCAGGUCAGUCCUCUGGCCAUGGCCAACAUGGAUCUGGCUCAGGUCAGUCAUCUAGCUCUGGACAACAUGGGUCUGGCUCAGGUCAGUCCUCAGGCUUUGGACAACAUGGGUCUAGCUCAGGCCAGUCCUCAGGCUUUGGAAAACAUGGAGCUAGUUCAGGUCAAUCUUCAGGCUUUGGCCAGCAUGGGUCUAGCACAAGCCAAUCGAGUUCAGCACAUCAUAGAUCUGGAAAAGGGGGAUCUAGUCACAGUGAGUCCAGUGGCAGUGAAUGGUAUUCAGGAGGCACACAGAGACACUCAGGGUCCAGUCAUGGCCAGGCUGGAUCUCAACAUGGACAGUGGGGAUCCUCUAGUCAAGGGAGUCAGGGAACUACUCAUGGACAGUCAGGAGACACCAAGAAACAUGGGCAGGCAGGCCAUGGGCAAUCCCCACAGUCAGGAUCUGGCAAAAGUGGAAGAAGGGGAUCUAGUCACAGUGAGUCCAGUGGCAGUGAAUGGCAUUCGGGAGGCUCACAGAGACACUCAGGGUCCAGUCAUGGCCAGGCUGGAUCUCAACAUGGACAGUGGGGAUCCUCUAGUCAAGGGAGUCAGGGAACUACUCAUGGACAGUCAGGAGACACCAAGAAACAUGGGCAGGCAGGCCAUGGGCAAUCCCCACAGUCAGGAUCUGGCAAAAGUGGAAGAAGGGGAUCUAGUCACAGUGAGUCCAGUGGCAGUGAAUGGCAUUCGGGAGGCUCACAGAGACACUCAGGGUCCAGUCAUGGCCAGGCUGGAUCUCAACAUGGACAGUGGGGAUCCUCUAGUCAAGGGAGUCAGGGAACUACUCAUGGACAGUCAGGAGACACCAAGAAACAUGGGCAGGCAGGCCAUGGGCAAUCCCCACAGUCAGGAUCUGGCAAAAGUGGAAGAAGGGGAUCUAGUCACAGUGAGUCCAGUGGCAGUGAAUGGCAUUCGGGAGGCUCACAGAGACACUCAGGGUCCAGUCAUGGCCAGGCUGGAUCUCAACAUGGACAGUGGGGAUCCUCUAGUCAAGGGAGUCAGGGAACUACUCAUGGACAGUCAGGAGACACCAAGAAACAUGGGCAGGCAGGCCAUGGGCAAUCCCCACAGUCAGGAUCUGGCAAAAGUGGAAGAAGGGGAUCUAGUCACAGUGAGUCCAGUGGCAGUGAAUGGCAUUCGGGAGGCUCACAGAGACACUCAGGGUCCAGUCAUGGCCAGGCUGGAUCUCAACAUGGACAGUGGGGAUCCUCUAGUCAAGGGAGUCAGGGAACUACUCAUGGACAGUCAGGAGACACCAAGAAACAUGGGCAGGCAGGCCAUGGGCAAUCCCCACAGUCAGGAUCUGGCAAAAGUGGAAGAAGGGGAUCUAGUCACAGUGAGUCCAGUGGCAGUGAAUGGCAUUCGGGAGGCUCACAGAGACACUCAGGGUCCAGUCAUGGCCAGGCUGGAUCUCAACAUGGACAGUGGGGAUCCUCUAGUCAAGGGAGUCAGGGAACUACUCAUGGACAGUCAGGAGACACCAAGAAACAUGGGCAGGCAGGCCAUGGGCAAUCCCCACAGUCAGGAUCUGGCAAAAGUGGAAGAAGGGGAUCUAGUCACAGUGAGUCCAGUGGCAGUGAAUGGCAUUCGGGAGGCUCACAGAGACACUCAGGGUCCAGUCAUGGCCAGGCUGGAUCUCAACAUGGACAGUGGGGAUCCUCUAGUCAAGGGAGUCAGGGAACUACUCAUGGACAGUCAGGAGACACCAAGAAACAUGGGCAGGCAGGCCAUGGGCAAUCCCCACAGUCAGGAUCUGGCAAAAGUGGAAGAAGGGGAUCUAGUCACAGUGAGUCCAGUGGCAGUGAAUGGCAUUCGGGAGGCUCACAGAGACACUCAGGGUCCAGUCAUGGCCAGGCUGGAUCUCAACAUGGACAGUGGGGAUCCUCUAGUCAAGGGAGUCAGGGAACUACUCAUGGACAGUCAGGAGACACCAAGAAACAUGGGCAGGCAGGCCAUGGGCAAUCCCCACAGUCAGGAUCUGGCAAAAGUGGAAGAAGGGGAUCUAGUCACAGUGAGUCCAGUGGCAGUGAAUGGCAUUCGGGAGGCUCACAGAGACACUCAGGGUCCAGUCAUGGCCAGGCUGGAUCUCAACAUGGACAGUGGGGAUCCUCCAGUCAAGGGAGGAGUCAAGGGACAGCACAAGGAAACAGUCAAGUAG